AUGUCGUCCCCGACCGAACUCUAUCUCCCUUCCACUCUCCCCUAUCCCCUCAAGCUCGUCUCCUUCGCCGUCGCUCCCGACACACCCGUCCAGCGCGGCUCGCGCCUCCUCGACUAUUCCUUCACCCACAUACCCCCAGACGACCCCGACCGCCUCGAGCUCCGCUUCGGCACCUGGGACUCCUCCCUCGAGGGCACCUUCUCCCGCUGGUCCUUCAAGCUCGGCGAAGUCAUCACCGACCGCCGCGCGCGCGACACCCCCGCCGCAUACAUCCUCGAACCAUGCAAGCACGGCGUCCAGAUCGGCGGCCUCUGCUGCCUCUGCGGCAAGGACAUGACCAGGUCCGUCUCCCCCGCGUUCCUCCGCGCGUCCCUGCCCCCCGCCGGCUCACGCCGUCGUCGCUGCCAGCUUCGACUACACCGGCUUUUCAGACGCGUCCCGUGCGUCGAUCCAGAUGACCCACCUCGCCAACGGCCGACCGUCUCCUUCGAGGAGGCGGAGCGCAUUGAGCGCGAGACCGCCGAGCACCUCUUCCGCUCCCGCAAGCUCUCCCUCAUCGUCGAUCUCGAUCAGACCAUCGUCCAUGCCACCGUCGAUCCCACCGUCGGCGAGUGGAUCACCGAGGGCGAGGCCUGGGAGGCGCGCCAGGCGAACAAGGCCGCGGACGCGGAGAACUCUGACGCGGACAAAGCCGAGCCAGGGGAGCAGAACGGAAGCCCCGGGGCGGAUCCCGCGAAGGCGGUAGCGCAGGAUGACGAUGAUGUGAACCCCAACUGGGAAGCCUUGAAGGACGUCAAGAAGUUCAAGCUGGGCCCCGAGGCGCUCGGCCAGCCACAUCAGCGAAACAAGAGCAAGGGAAAGGAGAAGCUGAUUGAACAGGAGGGGUGCAUGUACUACAUCAAGCCGCGCCCCGGAUUGCCGGAAUUCUUGAAGACGAUGGCCACCAAGUAUGAAAUGCACGUGUACACGAUGGGGACGCGCGCGUACGCGGAGGAGGUCUGUGCUGCGAUCGACUCUGACGGCAAGAUAUUCGGCAAUCGGAUCCUAAGUCGCGAUGAGAGUGGCAGCUUGACACAGAAAAGCUUGCAGCGACUGUUCCCUUGCGACCAGUCCAUGGUUGUUAUAAUCGACGACCGAGCAGACGUCUGGGAAUGGAGUCCUAACCUGGUCAAGGUCAUCCCUUAUGACUUCUUCGUCGGUAUCGGCGACAUCAACUCCGCCUUCCUCCCUAAACUCGAGCCUAUGGCUCCUCCCGCUUCCCCACCUCCACCUCCUACGACAGCCGACGCGGGACCAGACCCAACGUCUGUCUUUCCAGACGAUGACGACGAGGAUGACUCCGAUCUCGACGACGACCUGCUCGACUCCGAUGGCCCCUCUUCCCCCGCUUCGGCCACUGCCGAAGACGAACUGGCCGCCGAAUUGGAGAAAGACGAGAUGAUCUCACGAAAUACUCUCGCUCUCGAAGCGCAAGUCGAGGAGCGGCCGCUGGCGAAGAAGCAGGAGGAGCUGCAGGAAGAAGAGGAGAAGCAAGAGAGGCAGGAAACGCCGCCGGCCGAUGCUGAGAACGGCGACAAACCCGCGGACCCCGAACCCUCCCAGAACGGCUCGACAACUCCGACGCCAGAACCGAAGAAGGAGAAGCCGGUGCGCAAGGCAUUGCUGAAGAACGACGAUAUAGAAUUGGCUCGGGUCCAGAGGAUCCUCGAGUUCGUGCACGACCAGUUCUACGUCGCGUUUGAGGCGCGGAAACCGGACGAGUCCCACAGAUCACCGAAGAAGAAGAAGCGACAACCAGAUUCUGUGGAUUACGACGUUCGGAGGAUCAUCCCGGCGAUGCGGAUGGCGACUCUUGAAGGUGUUCACCUGUUGUUCACGAGUGUCAUUCCGUUAGAGACACGUCCAGAAACGAGCGAGAUCUGGAAGACUGCGACUGCGUUCGGUGCACAGUGUUACACUGAAAUCUCUUCUCGCCUCACCCACGUCGUCACCAACAAGCCCAGUACGCAGAAGGUCGACGCGGCGCGGCGCUACCCUCACAUCAAAGUCGUCUGGUUCCAGUGGCUCAAUGACUGCAUCUCGCUCUGGCGGCGGCUCGAUGAGGGCCCGUACCUGCUCACGCCGCCCCCACCGCGCACCAGCAACGGCUCUGGUGGCGAGGGAGGCGGCGGCAGCGGAGCGCUUGCGAGUCCUCCCUCGGAUCCUCACCAGAUUAGUUCUGACCCGGAGCCGGACGCAGAUGACUGGGACGAUGUCGUCGUCGACCGCAGCCGGCGGGGGGCGCUCGGGGUCGAGGGCGGGAGCGCGCCGCCGACCCCCUCCGGGUCGGGAACCUCGUUCCACCCCGACGAGAUCUCGUGGGAGGACAUCAACGACGAGGUCGACGCCGCCAUGAACGAGAGCGAGGACGACGGCGAGGACGACGAGGACGGGACGCCGAGCCGUAAGGGUGCCAGCGUGCGCGGGGGCGCGAGCGAGGACGAGGGCUCGGGGACGGACGGGACCCGGAGCGCGUCGCCGUCGCCGCAGCUGAAGCGCAAGCGCGUGCGCAGCCUGACGCCCUCCGAGCUCGGGCAGCUCGCCACGGCCAUAGCGUCGACGGGCGGCGAGGACGGGCUGCGGUCGCCCCUGGCGAAACGCAAGAAGCUCGCGGCGGACCGCUCGGGCGCGAGCCGGCUGAAGGAGGGCGUCACCGCCGCGCAGCUCCACGAGGACGGGGAGAGCGCCAGCCAGCGCUCGUCGCCGGCGAACGGCGUCGGGGGCGGCGAGGACGAGGAGGACGAGUCGAGCGAUUCGAGCGACGAGGACGACGGGAGCUCGGUCAACAACAUGGUCGAGGACGACUUCCUCGCGCGGGAGCUCGAGGCGGAGUGGGGAUAG